GUUCCAACGUUAGCGUCUAAUCUCCGCAGUUUGCCGCGAGACGAUAUAAUAGCCACCCCGCAGUUAUGGAGCUGGAGUCACUAGGUAGCUCUGCUGUUCGUCACAAUGUUGUUCGCUAAGUUGUGUACUGUGUUGGCGGGUGCUGUUGUGUCUGUCCAAGGGCAAACUACCAAUGACAAGGCCAUACGCCCAAACCCUCCCAAUGGACACUGGGUCGAUGCAUGGGCAUGCAUGCCACAAAACACAGAGCCUGCCAAUCUCCCUCCAGCGCCUUUCAAUGUAACCGGCGCAGUCUUCGUCAACUCUACGGUCAGGCAGACUUUGUACAUGACAACGGACGCUUCGCAGAUACGCAUCAAAAUUUCCAAUGCGUUCGGAGGCUCCAACCUACCCAUUACAGCGGUCACAGUCGCUCUGUCUGCCAACAAUACUGCGGGCAUCCAUCAGAUCCAGGCUCAGACAUUGCAGAAAGUCACCUUCUCUGGAAAGGACUCAAUCAGCAUUCCUAACGGAGCUCUGGCCGUUUCUGAUCCUCUCAACUUCGCUAUCAAGGCCAAGCAGGUCAUCACAGUAACCGCAUAUCUUGCAGCAGGCCAAAAGACCAAUACAAUCACCAGCCAUCCUGGGAGCAGGACGACCAGUUGGUGGCAGUUUGGCAACGCUGUGGAUGCAGCGCAGCUCGCCAUCACAGAUGCUGCCACGCAAUCAGCAGCACACUGGUACUUCCUCUCCAGCGUAGAAGCAUGGGCGCCAAAGAGCAUCGGUAGCUUGCUGAUUGUAGGCGACUCGAUCACUGACGGCCGCGGCUCUAUCCCCGAUACAAACCAACGCUGGCCGGACCUGCUCCUCGCUCGCCUCCAAAAGAACAAUGCCACCAAAUCCAUCUCUCUGGGCAAUCUCGCAGCAGGCGGAAAUCGCGUUCUGAUCGAUGGUUUGGGCCCGAACGCAUUCGGCCGCAUUGACCGCGAUGUCCUCGCGCACCCUGGUGUCAAGUAUGCAAUGGUCUUCGAGGGCGUGAACGACAUUGGAGGGGCAGCGCCGACGGCAGAGGUGCAGAACGCAGUGUACGAGGAUCUCGUCCAGGCUUACAAGCAGAUCGUGACGCUGAUUCACGCACACGGUAUCCCAGUGUUUGGCGCCACUAUCACGCCGUUCUCUGCUCCGAGUAACUUCACGUCAUCAAGUUAUUCGAAUCCUGUUCGAGAGGCGACGAGGCAGAAAAUCAACGACUUCAUUCGCAAUUCUGGGACGUUUGAUGCAGUUGCCGAUUUCGAUAAGUUCCUUGCUGACCCGAGUAACCCGAGUCAACUUGCUCCUCAGUACGAUUCUGGGGACUAUUUGCAUCCUGGCCCUCUUGGAUAUCAGCGUUUGGCAGAUGAGUUCCCCGUGGAGAUCUUCGGCCAGUUUGAGGAUGGUGUCGGUGGGUUUAUGUAGUUGACGCCGAGGAUCCGUAGCGCAAAAAGCUUGCG